AUGCUUUGGUUUCCUCUCCUCCCUUUUUUUUUGGCUGUGUUGCGUGUCUGCCCUCUCGUGUACGCUUGGCGGGAGAGGCAAGAGGCGUAUGCCUUAAAAAAACAACAAAAAGACAAUAAACGGAACACGCCGUUUUUGCUUCGUUUUUUUUUUUUUUGGUUUUCCCCUUCUUCCCUUUCGCUGUUGUAUCGCACGUUGGCGGUGUCAAAAGGCACACCCGUUUCGAGGGUGUUCCGCCCUCCUCAGCGCUUCUCACAGCUUGCCACUUUAGGAAUUAUGCUGCAGGCAACAUUGGUUACCCGGCUUUUCUCGAAGCCCAUCGCUCAGGGGUACGUGGCGCAGCUGCCAAGGCCGCUGCCGGGGUCGAAGGGGCGUUCCUGGAUGCGGGCGAUGGAUGCCAACAGUGACGUGCGCGACUUCUACACCGCAGACGAGGAGCGCUACAACGCAUGGUACAGGGAGACGUACGGUAUUGAGGACCUCUCGGACGGGUCGGCUGCGUCUGGAGCUGCAUCAAACCGACUCCUGGACGACACCCGCAACAUGCAGCAAGCGGCAGAGGAGUACGACUUGCAAGGUAUAAGGGAGGAACUCGAAUUCUGGGGUGACGAAUUCCAGCACAUUACUCAGCUCCGAUAA